AUGGCAGCACUAAAAUGUGCCUACGUGGGUCUCUUGGUCUUGCUAUGCUCAAGCUUCAGUUUCGCUCACAGAUUCUUUUUGGACAAUGAUGACCAAAUGCAUGAAGGCGAACGCCAUGGUAGUACUGAUGAUCCUGGGACCGGGACUGGAAUUGGAAAAGAUUUUGGGUUUGGCAGUGGCGCCGGGUCAAGUGGAGUAGGUGUUGGGUUUGGGUCAGGUUCUAGUGGACAUGGCAAUGGACUCGGGUCAGGAUCUGGUGGUUAUUGGUUAGGGUAUGGAGUCGGGUAUGGAUCUGGUCGGAAUGGAUAUGAAGAUCCCGGGACUGGUGGAUCCGGCUGGGGCAUUGGAGUAGGUUCAGAUGGGUCUGUGUCUGGAACUGGUGGAGUAGGCUUCAUCCCAGGAUUGCCUGGUUUUGGUCUUGGGGGUAGCAUAAGAUGGCCUGGCUUUGACUUUGGGGGUAACAUAGGUGGAGGGAUUGGAACAGGACAAGGCAGCGGUGGCAGCAGUGGUGGAAUAGGGCAAGGUGGCAGCAGUGGUGGCACGAUAGCAGGAAUUGGUAUGCCUCCACCACACUUCAUUCCGGGGUAUGGUCAAAUAGGCAAUGGAUGUACCUGCAGCCCAGAAUGUUAUAAUCAAGUUUCAACAAUGAAGGGAGGAUCAGCAUCAAAAACAAAUGAUGAGCACAACAGUGGAGCUCAGAAUGAGGUCUCUAGAGACGAGGCUCAUGAGUCCAUCGAUGUGGCCAUGGAGCCAUGGAGUCCACAUGAGACUCAUGAAUCCAACGUUGCAACCACGGAGCCAUACAGUCCAUGA